AUGGAAGAUCCUGAGUUUUUCUACUACGCCAAGUUCUUCUUGAGAAUCCAUGGCUUCUCCUUGGAGACAAACGGCAAUAACUUCGCCUACAGAUUCUGGGCCAUUCUUAACAGCACUCUGCAGGAGAUUAUGUUGUUCACUCUCAUCUACAACACUUACAACAAACAUCCGGACAUUGCACUGAUGGUGUCAUGCUCAACAGUUGCAUUUGGGGUCUUCGUGAACUCCUUCAAGAUUAUGUCAAUACAGAGGAAUAUUGAGCGUCUCAGUGAUUUCUAUCAUCGAUUGAUUGAAUUCUGGACUAUUCCGGAAAAGCCAGAGAGAAAGAUUCUUCUUCAGCACAAGAACUUCACGAAUAUCGUGUCAGUUGUAAACUGUUUGAGUCUCAUUGGGGGCAUUUCGUGGUGGCUGCUUCUGCCUCCGGCCCUUUCGGCCUAUGAGGAGUUCACCUUUGGGAACACCACCUGGAUUCCGCCCUACAACAUCACCUACAUAGAUUUCAUGCAAACGACGCCAGGCUUCGAAAUCUGCACCACCGCCUAUUACAUGAUCACUAUAAUGUGCGUCUUUGGCGGUUGUGGCUUCGAUUCUUACUUCCUGGAGAGCUGCUUCUAUCUUUCAGGUCACUUCAGGAUCAUCUACAGAAGAUUUCGCAGCGUGAAAUACGCAACAGAAGCUAAGGAUGACCGGAAAUUCCAGUCACAAAUCUCUACUAUUGUCAACUAUCACAAUGAGAUUCUGAACGCUUGUGCGGAUCUUCAGGAUAUCGUUAGAUCAGCCAUCUUUCCUUUCCUCCUCUUUGAUUCCGUGGUCAUUUGCACCUGUGUUUACACUCUUCUCGCGAUGCCCAAUUUGAUCGUCACCAUCGCCUUCAUGGGCAUCACAAUAGCAGCCGUGGCCCAAAUCUUCGUCCUCACCUACAGCGGACAGGUGCUCAUCAACAAAAGUCAGGACUUGACUAACAGCAUCUACGAUUCUGAGUGGUACAUUGCGUCUCCUGGCCAGAGAAGGCUUCUCAUCCUCUGUAUGAUGAGGGCCAGGAAGGGAUUCACAUUCAAAAUGGGUAUUUUCCAACUGGCGCUCCCCACAUUUUCCGCAAUCCUUCAAGGCGCCGGAUCGUACAUUGCUCUACUAUCCAGGCGGAGGGACGUUCAGCUCGUCCUUCUUGUUGAUGAGCGACACGAGCAGCACCAGGCCCAGGACAACGAGUAUGAGGAAGGUGACAAUGAGGAAAAGUAUCCGCUCGCGGCGAGUCCACUUCACAGAGCACGUCCAAUACUGCUCCCUUAUCACUCUGGAAUGGCACGGGAAAUCACAUCGAAGGGUCAAUGA